CAAAGCACUCAACGGCCACCGUGGAUGUGGCCUGGGCCCAGGGCUCACCCCUGCCCCCGUGCUGGACUUUGAGAUGGAGAACUUCACCAGCCAGUCGGUCAAGCGGAGGAUCAUGUGGCACAUCGACUACCGCGGCCAUGGCGCUCUGGCCGACCUGGAACGGGCAGUCACCGAGCUGACGGUCAUCCAGCGCGAUGUGCAAGCCAUCCUGCCCCUGGCCAUGGACACAGAGAUCAUCAACACGGCCAUCCUGACUGGCCGGACGGUGGCCAUCCCUGUCAAGGUCAUUGCCAUCGAAGUGACCGGCCUCGUCCUAGAUGUCUCUGCCUUGGUGGAAUGUGAGUCUGACAAUGAGGACAUCAUCAAGGUAUCCAGCAGCUGUGACUACGUGUUUGUUAGCGGAAAGGAGUCUCGCGGGUCCAUGAAUGCCAGGGUCACCUUCCGCUACGACGUCCUCAGUGCCCCCCUGGAAAUGACAGUCUGGGUCCCCAAGCUGCCCCUGCACAUCGAGCUCUCGGACGCCCGCCUCAGCCAAGUGAAGGGCUGGAGGGUACCCAUCCUCCCCGACCGGAGGUCAGCCCGGGAGAGCGAGGACGAGGACGAGGAGGAGGAGGAGCGGCGGCAGAGCAGCAGCCGCGGCUGCACCCUGCAGUACCAGCACGCCACUCUGCAGGUCUUCACCCAGUUCCACACGACCUCGUCCGAGGGCACCGACCAGGUGGUCACCAUGCUGGGCCCGGACUGGCUGGUGGAGGUCACCGACCUGGUCAGCGACUUCAUGCGGGUGGGUGACCCCCGAGUGGCACGCCUGGUAGACAGCAGCACGCUGGCAGGCCUGGAGCCGGGCACCACCCCCUUCAAGGUGGUGUCCCCACUGACGGAGUCUGUGCUCGGGGAGACGCUGCUGACCGUGACAGAGGAGAAGGUCAGCAUCACACAGCUGCAGGCCCAGGUGGUGGCCAGCCUCGCCCUCUCCCUACGGCCAAGCCCCGGGAGCAGCCACACCAUCCUGGCCACUGCCGCCGCCCAGCAAACCCUCAGCUUCCUCAAGCAGGAAGCCCUCCUGAGCCUCUGGCUCUCCUACAGUGACGGCACCACAGCUCCGCUCUCCCUCUACAGCCCCCGGGACUAUGGGCUGCUGGUGAGCAGCCUGGACGAGCGGGUGGCUACGGUGACCCAGGACCGGGCCUUCCCGCUGGUGGUGGCUGAGGCGGAGGGGGCAGGGCAGCUGCUCCGCGCGGAGCUCACCAUCGCCGAGAGCUGCCAGAAGACCAAGCGCAAGAGCGUCCUGGCUACGACGCCCGUGGGCCUGCGGGUGCACUUUGGGCGGGAGGAGGAGGACCCCACCUACGACUACCCAGGCCCCAGCCAACCGGGGCCGGGUGGGGGCGAGGACGAAGCUCGGGGAGCCGGCCCCCCGGGCACGGGGAUGUCCCCACCCGAGGCUCCGGGGCCGGUCACCACCAGCCCAGCGGUGCCACCCACAGAAGAUCUGCUGCUGCUGCCCACGAGCCCCCAGCGGGGGCUGACGGACCUGGAGAUCGGCAUGUACGCGCUGCUGGGCGUCUUCUGCCUCGCCAUCCUCGUCUUCCUCAUUAACUGCGUGGUCUUCGUGCUGCGCUACCGGCACAAGCGCAUCCCGCCCGAGGGCCAGACCAGCACGGACCACUCCCACCACUGGGUGUUCCUGGGCAACGGGCAGCCGCUGCGGGCGCAGGGGGAGCUGUCGCCACCGGCCGGCAACCCGCUGGAGACCGUGCCCGCCUGCUGCCACGGCGACCACCACAGCAGCGGCAGCUCGCAGACCAGUGUCCAGAGUCAGGUGCACGGGCGGGGCGACGGCUCCUCGGGCGGCUCGGCCCGGGACCAGGCCGAGGACCCCGCCAGCUCGCCCACGUCCAAGCGCAAGCGGGUCAAGUUCACCACCUUCACCACGCUGCCCACGGAGGAGCUGGCCUAUGACUCGGUGCCCGCCGGCGAGGAGGAGGAGGACGACGAUGAGGACCUGGGUUGGGGCUGCCCGGAUGUGGCAAGCACCACGCGGCCUGCUGCACCCCCAAACUACAUGCGCAGAAACAAAGAGAUGGCGUAGAGGCGCCGUCCCCCGGGGGGUGGGCUCUGUGUGGGACACGGCCAGGACCCCUGCUCGCCCGGGCUGCCGGCGGCGGACGUGGAUGUUAAAGGCCCGGCCCCUGCAGCUUUGCUCUCUGCAGGCGCCGCCUCCCUCACCGGCCCUCCAGCUGCCUCACACGGUUCCCUCUCUGCUGUAGCAGGUGGAGGGCCCCUUUGGGAGCGCGCUAGGAGGAGGCAAGCCCAGCCCUCCUGCCUUUCCCAAACCUCCUCCCAUCCGAGACAGCCAGGCCCAGGAGCGAGGCCAGGUGGGCCCGCUCUGUGAGCCGCCCCUGCCUCCCACGUCCCCGGGGUCCCCCCUGUGCUGGGGGUUCUGUGGGGUCUUGUGUCACAAGCUGCACAAAGACUUUUCUCAAACCACUAUUCAGGGAUUUCUGUCCUGCAGGGCGGGAGGCAGCAGCUGCCUGCCCUGCCGAGGAUCUUGCUGUGGACAAAACUUUGGGGAGGUUGGGGGACACGUGUAGCAUCUUCUGGCUUUCUGGGACCUGCCAGUCCCUUCCUAGGACCUGGGAGCAGACCCCAGAGGGGUCUGUGGCCAAGCCAGGCACCUUCCUAGGAGCCCAGGACUCCCUCCUCUGCCCCCAAGGGCUAUAGAAGUGGCCGAAAGGGGGAGGAGUCCUCAGCCCACCCCUGGCCAAGCCACAGCCCAGAGCACCAUGGUCUGGGUGGGCCCAGGGAGGCCUGCCCCAUAGCAAGGCCAGCACUCCGCCUUAGCCCCCCCAGCUCUGCUGGCCUCUCCUCCCUGCUCUGCAGGGGCGACCACCCAUCCCCCCAGGAAAUGGAAUCCGGUGGGAAUGGAGGGGGGCACCCACCGAGGAAGCUGUGAAGGAGCUGGGGAUGGGCAAGGCCGAGGGAGCGGGCGUCUCCCUACCCCAUCUCACAGCCACUUUUCUCUCGGGUUCUACCACCACUGUGUCCGGUUUUUUCUUAAAUAAAUGGA